AUGACCGUUGUCACCGCCAACGGCAAUGCCGACGGGUUUCGCCGUCAACAGCCCCAGCAAGACAAUGUCGUCUCCAAAUACAACGUCGGUUGGCGGCGCGUCGUCAGACAUUUUAGUCCAUCAUGGUUCUCUGUGACAAUGGGCACUGGCAUUGUAGCCAUGCUACUCACAACCAUUCCCUACCAGAAUGCAUCUCUGUACUAUCUGUCCAUAAUAUUCUUCGUUCUCAACCUUGUUCUUUUUGCGACGGCUCUAGGUAUCUCCAUCCUGCGAUACGCACUGUACCCGGGGAUCUGGACUGUCAUGAUCCAAGACCCCACCAAUUCUCUUUUCCUGGCCACGAUGCCGAUGGGGUUUGCCACGCUUAUAGAGAUGUUAGUAUUCAUCUGCGUACCGCGGUGGGGGGAGUGGGCAAAAAGCCUUGCCUGGGCAUUGUGGAUCGUGGAUGCUGCGGCUGCCAUGUCUGUCACGUUGGGGCUUUCGUUUAUCUUGAUUUCUCAGAGUUAUAUAACAUCUCUGGAGCGGAUCACAGCGCUUCAAUUGCUCCCGAUUGCUGCUACGAUCGUGGCCGCAGGAACGGGAGCAGAAGUCGCCGAGAUCCUUCCCGAUGAGCACCGUGCCUUGGGAACCAUAUUGGUCUCGUACAUUCUCUGGGGAAUGGGUACUCCACUGGCAUUGACGAUCCUAGUGAUAUAUUAUCAGCGUCUGGCGGUACAUAAGCUACCUCCCAGGGAGAUGAUUGUAAGCUGCUUCUUACCUCUUGGACCCCUUGGGUUUGGAGGGUAUAGCAUUCUAUAUCUGGGAAAGGUAUCUCGGAUGCUCUUUCGUGACCACAUGGUCCUCGAUCCGGCCGCGGGCAGCAUCGCCUACGUCAUGGGCGUCCUUAUCUCACUGCUCAUGUGGAGUUUCGGUCUAAUCUGGCUCAUCCUCGCACUGGGAACGGUAUCCCACUGUACCCCAUUUCCUUUCAAUAUGGGCUGGUGGGGAUUCACAUUCCCACUCGGCGUAUAUUCAGCCAAUACGAUCCAGCUAGGGAAGGAGUUGGAUCUAGCCUUUUUCAAGGUUCUCGGGACGAUCUUCAGUUCGGCCGUGAUGAUUCUGUGGGUUGUUGUCGCCGCUCGAACGGCACUGGGAGCUUGGCGUGGAAACCUUUUCUAUGCACCUUGCCUGCGCAAUCUGAAGGAGAAGGACGAGGAUGGUGGCAGAGAGGGAGUAGUAUAUAGAGCCUGA